ACCCAGGGCGCACAGAACAGCACCGUCGGACUCCCCUCGGGUUUCCCGUUCAAGCGUGACCUCGACGCUCGCCAGUUCAACUUCACCCUGCCGAACCAGCUCCCUGUCGCCGGCACAUUACCCUUCGGGCUUACGGUCACCCAGGGCGCGCAGAACAGCACGGUCGGCCUUCCUUCGGGCUUCCCGUUCAAGCGCGAUGAUGCUAUCGAGGCGAGGCAGUUCAACUUCACGCUCCCGAACCAGCUUCCUGUCCAGGGCAUGCUUCCUUUCGGGCUCACUGUGACUCAGGGCACGCAGAACAGCACUGUCGGUCUUCCUGCAGGCUUCCCAUUCUAG